AUGUUCGGAAUUACUUCGAGGAUGAUGUUAUGUGGAGAGAAAAUAAGUGAUUAUGAUAAGAUCGAGAAAACUCUCUCCACGUUCCAUCUUGAAAAUGUAAUCAUGCAGCAACAGUACCGGGUGAAUGGAUAUACUCGUUACUCGGAGUUGAUUUAUGAUAAUAGAAAAGGACAAGGUCGUGGACGUGGUGGAAACCGUUAUCAUGGUCGUGGAAGAGGACGAGGAAGAAGAUUACGUCCCUAUGAUGAAAGAGAUAACAAGAACUUCCACGAAAAUGAAAGGAAUGAAAAGGACCGGGAUGAUAAAAAGCAAACGGGAAAGGUUUGCUACAGAUGCGGCAUGAAAGGUCAUUGGGUACGUAGUUUCCGUACACCAAAACAUUUAGCCGAUCUGUAUAGAGAAUCCCAAAAGGGAAAAGAAAAAGGAAGAGGUGAAACAAACUUCAUCUCUGAUGAACCCGGGCCAUUCUUUCAUGGUUUAAACGAUGAUACUCAUCUCGACAUAUCAGAUUUUCUGGUUGAGCCAGAGAGUAUCGAUGAGUGA